AUGAACUCAUCGUUGCCAAUUGGCAAGCUUCUUGUUGAAUUUGUUCGUCGGAAUAUCCUAGCUACAUGGCUCCGUCUCGCAUCCGCAAUCAAGUCCAUCCGCAGCAUCGCGCCUCUCCUCGACCGCAUCCUCGUCCAGCGCAUCAAGCCCGAAGCCAAGACCGCAACCGGCAUCUUCCUCCCCGAGACUGCCGUCAAGGAGCUCAACGAGGCCAAGGUCCUCGCCGUCGGCCCUGGCAUGCUUGACAAAGAUGGAAAGCGCGUCACUCCCAGCGUACAACCUGGCGACAAGGUCUUGAUCCCGCAAUUCGGCGGAAGCCCCAUCAAGGUCGGCGAAGAGGAGUUGAGCCUUUUCCGGGACCACGAGCUCCUGGCUAAGAUCAACGAGUAA